CACGCACGCGUUGAAAUCCGUUCCUGGCGCGCUAUUGACAUUGUCUAUGUUAAUCGACAACACAUUGCCGGUAUAAACUUAUUCGGACAGCAUCGUCCGAGCGACAUGUCGCGCUUUUCGCGAGGACGAGCCGCUUCGCCGCCCUACGACGACAACGUCUUCGCGACUGCCACGGAGACGAGCUUCCGAGAGCAAGACCUGCUGCACUCAACACCGCAACGCGACGCGUUUCCGCUCCACUACCAUCCGCGCCCCUCACCCUCGCUGUCGCCAGGCCGUGGUGACGAUCAGGACUCGCUGGGCAGUGCCGACAUGUCAAUUGAGCUGGGGCGAGGCGCGAAGCGAUUUCAGCACGAUCUGACCGAUAUGUCGUCCAACGCCGUCUUCAGCUUCGAGCAUACGCCGCCUUUCCAGUCGCGAAGCAACAGCGAGCGACCUCCGCCCGACAGUGCGCUGAGGAAGCAAGCGUCGGUCCGCAGGGCCACGGCGUCGGCCAGAGCGAACGAUGCUCUCAAGAGGACAACUACUCCACGUGCCGUGUCCGACACAUUGCCUCGACGCCAAGCCGAGGCACAGCCUGUGCAGCCCACGGCCACAUUCACAAUGCGAGGGUCCCGCUUUGCUAGUGUACGACAAGUCUCAUCUCACUACCAUGUGCCCAGGCAUUACAGUAUUGAGGAGGGCCUCGAGAAUGCGGGCCAAACCCCACGCAGAGCUGCUGCCGGAAAUCCCACCGUCCAGUCCGCGACCUACACAACCGGCCAGUCGUUCAUGCUACCAGAUCUACCUAACAUCACGGAGCUGGUGUCGGGCCGGAACGAAGGGACACCGAUGAUGAAGCGCACAUCGACAACAUCUCGGACACGUUUCGUGUCUGACACGCAUCGCGCCGUCAACUCUCUAUCUGUUCCUCAAGAUGAGCAAGCAAUAUUCGCAUCGUUGCAAGUACUGGGCGGUAGAGUCGCAGAGCUGGAACUUGAGAAGAGCGAGGCGCUAAAACAUGUCGAGCGAUACGAGCACGAAGCAACAAACUUGAGAUCACAGCGAGAAGAGCAGCGUGCAGAUAGUGGCAUUGGUUCGGAAGACGAUGAUUUGGCGCAACCCGCACAUCCAGACGAGGAGAGGCUGAACGCCAAGAUCACGGCAGGUGAGGAAAGGCUGCACAAAAUUGAGCGCAAACUGAGCGUAUCAGAGAUCACGAUUACCCGUGUUAGCAGAGAGCGCGAUCACCUUAUUCAGCAGCUCGCCUCUGCCUUCCUCGCAAACGAGGAGCUGGAGAAGGACAACGAGUCUCUCCGAUCAAAAAUGGGCGAUGUGCUUGCAGAGAACGAAAAUCUCAAAGCUCGCCUGCAGGAUCUGACAGAAAAGAAUGCCCUUGUAAGCAGCGAAGUAGAGCGUCGGAAAAGCACUCAAAAGGGAGGGACGGCAGCAUCGAGCAGAGCAGAUCGGCGACGAUCAUCGGGCAAUGCCCGACAUGAUGACAUUGCAGAAGGUCUCACGUUUAACAGCACCGUUGACAAUGGGAAGGAAAGCCGAGAUGGUGUUGAGGGUCUCCGGGAUGUGGAAAGCACCAGUCUUGCAUCGAGAGUACAGCUCGAACUCGAGAGGCAAAGAACAGCAGCUCGGGAAACAUCUCGGGGGUCUCAUGAAGGCCAAAAAUCCACUCGACAACGCUCGCGAUCUAGAUCACAGCAUAGAGCCCAGGAAAGCAGAAAUGAGGAUUCCAUUGGUCCCAGACGAGCGGCCACGUCUAUGGCGUGCGAUCGAAACGAUCGUUGGUUCGCUGCAGAAGUCACUGGUCAAUCGCAGCAAUCUUCCAAGUAUGCCCAAAAGUUCGAGGAAGACCUCACGCAAUUGACAGAUAUCGAUCCACUCACUGUAGCCAAUCUACGUCGCAAGCUCGAGGAGGAAAUGCGAGCCCGACAUAGCGAGAAGCAAGUCCGGGCUCAGAGCGAAGCGGACUUCACUACGCGCUCCACUACUCAGCAUUCCAUUACUCGCAAGUCCUCGAUGAGAGACGUUACUGCUGGCGCGGUCGAUGAGAUUGCGCAAAGUGAUCACGCUAAGACUGUCAGAGUGCAAUCACCACAUACCGCGGACGAAAUCUCGCACUCUGGUCAUGACGACAUCUCUUCCUUCGGCAACAUGAGCCGCUGCCGUCGGCGCUCCUCAGCAAGCGAAGGUCUUACUUCAGCCUUCAUCAUCCCAGACAUCACUGUCGCGAUGGACCCGGUCUCUAUGUCUGUACCUGUCACUGACAGGCUGGCAUACAAUCCUGAAGCCUCGGAUGUCACCCUACGCCCAGUACAGACGCCAGCGCUUGCCCUGUCGACAGUGAUCAAACACCUCGAAGCUGAAAUAUCUCGCAUCAAAGCAAAACGCGAUGUCGAGAACGCGGCAUACACAGCGCACGAUCCUGCAUUGGCGAGGCGGGCUAGACUUGCUUGCCUGGCUAAAAUAGAUGGUCUGACAAGUGAGAUCGAGAGGAGGAGUGAUCAGGUUUAUGCGUUGUACGACGCAUUGGAAGCACACAAGGAGGAGGUGAAGCAAAACAAGCUUGCUCCGACCUCUGAAGACACAUGUGAUGCUGGGCAGGACAGCGAGCUUGAAUUCGAGGGUUUUAGCGAGACUGGAGAUAGCGAGGCCCAGAGUAGAGAAGCCAGAAUUUGAAGGGCAACAGCAGCAGCUGAACGGGAGUUGUGAAUCUCACAGUAGCGAACUUGAUCAUACGGCUGGGUGUUGGGGUUUUGCUGUGUAUAAUGAAGUUAGCGAAGCGAUCGCAGUAUGCAUGGACAGGCAGGUUGUGGCCUUUGAUAUGUUCUGGCCCGGUCUAGUCAUCGGCUCCCUCUUGAUAUGUCGUCUACCAUAGCAGUCGUACACAUGGUUCACGAG